UGGAGUGGUGGGGAUGGCUGUGAGGGAUGGGGGGUUAAAGAGGGGAGGGUGGAAAUGUUGCAUGGUGCACGGGGACCUUGGCUGUAGCUGCAUCCUGCAAACCUCAGGGCAGGCACUGGUGCCUGAUUGGGCAUUUGGCCACCAAGCUGCAGCGAUGGGAUGGAGCUGGCCCUGCCGCUUGGGUAUUUAUCACAAGGAAGUGCUGAAGUCCUCUGUGAUUUUUCUUCUUUCUCUAUUGUUCCUGGCUAUUGUUCUUGGCUCCAUUAUCCCUCGGUUGCUUACAUAAAUCAGCACGUGGCUCUCCGAGACACGACAGGGAGCAGCUCAUCCAUCCAAGGUCAUUGUCCCUUGUCUGCAAGAGACAAAUCCCCUCCAAGGGCCGGGAGCUCCGGGUCAGUCCCUGCGGGGCCGAAAUGGACCCCACGAGGACCAUCCUGGCGCUCCCAGCCAAGGAUGCUCUUGGUCCAGGGAUGCUCCCAGCGGAGCAGCUGCGGGAGGCGGCACCGGGGAGGGGACAAGAGCGGGCCCGGCCCCAUUCCCCGCCUCGCUGCCACAAAACGGGAGCCGAGAGCUGGCUCGGCUUCACACGCUCCCCUCCAUCUCUACCGAACCGGGAUAUCCCCCAUUAAACCUUGGAUUGAACCCAAGCCGGCACCGAACCGAGCCGUGCGCGGUCGGGAGGGAUGUAGCGAUCAGCACCGCGGAGAGCGGCCGUGCGGAGCCGCGCCGGGGCCAUGGCCAGCGUGCAGCAGGGCGAGAAGCAGCUCUUCGAGAAGUUCUGGCGAGGGACCUUCAAAGCCGUGGCCACGCCGCGACCCGAGAGCAUCAUCGUGGCCAGCAUCACCGCCCGCAAACCGCUGCCCAGUGGGACGCUCAGCUGCCUGCCGUACUCUGCGGAGGAUCGACGUCCUGAGAAGCUGAGCAGCUGCGUGUCCAAGGAGAUCUCCACCACUAACGGCUGGGCAAGAGGGAAGGAGAGACGCGACCAUGCUCACCACAGGUCACGCAGUCCUUCGUGCGAUGGGGAGCGUGCACCGCCGCCGGCCCGGGGGAAGAAGAAGAAGAAGAAAUCCAGCCGCAAGAAGCGACGGAGGUCUCCUUCCUACAGCCCCUCGCCUGUGAAGAAGAAGAAAAAGAAGAGCUCCAAGAAACGAAAAAGAAACAGGUUAUCCUCAAAGAAGAGAAGACACAGUUCCUCGAGCCCCAAAAGUAAGAGAAAGGAAGAAAGAAAACACAAAAAACACUCUCGUGGGCGCACCCGGAAAGCUCACCGCCAUCGCCGCUGCCACUCUCGCUCAGAGAGCUCUGACUCCUACUCGCCGAGCUGCCGGAGCAGGCACAGAACCAGGUCUCGGGAGGAAGGGCGUAAAGCACGGCGGAGACGCUCCCAGCACCAUUCAAAAGUCCUAGCAAAGAGAAGCUCCUCUGCAGAGGUUCAGGCCAGCCAAACCCUCCCACUGCACAGCUUCCUGUCUCCUAAGGAAGUCAUCUCUCAGUCAGGGUCUUCUGCUGAACUCUUUACCAAAACAGACAGCCCGCCUGGCCACCUAGCCAGCCAGAACGGAGAGUGUCAUGAAUAUGACUCAGGAAACGACACUUCUUCCCCUCCCUCCACUCAAACGAGCUCAUCCAGGUCAAAGGACAGCCAGGAGAAACGAAGCGUAGCCCACGAUGGCUUUGGCCAUGCCUUCUCAUCUGGGAAGCCCAAAAUGGCCAACGGCGAUAACAGCUCCGAUUCAGGAAAUUCCUUCACCAGUUGUUUUUCCCAGACCAAGGCAACAGCUUCGGAAAAUCUGUCUCCAGAUGCCCAGGGACAAGACCAAAGAGGAUGCCUGUCCUCGUGUCUCAGCUGUUCGGAGGAGGAGAAGCGCAAUGUCCCCCCAUCGCCAGCCCGCAGCUCGCCGCUCAGGCCAUGCUCCCGCAGCAAGUCGUGCAGCAGCACGGGCCGGUCCUCCCCCGGCUCCAGCCGCUCCCGCUCCUCACCCCGCAGGGCCUCCCCCAGGUACUCCCGCAGCAGGUCCUGCUCUUCAGGGAAGAGCCCCACGUCUUCUUCACGGUCCCCCAGCUAUUCCUCCAAAUCCUGCAAAAAAAGCCCUGGAAGCAGGAGCUCAAAGACUCGCCGGAGCCCCAGUUACUCCCACUACAGCCCUACGAGGGACCGUGGGCGAGAGCACAAGCACAACUCCAGCGAGAAGGAGUCACACCGGCAGCGGGACCGGCAGCGCCGGCGCUCCUACUCGCCCCUGAGGAAGCGCAGGAGGGACUCCCCCAGCCACCUGGAGGCCCGGCGCAUCACCAGCGCCCGCAAACGCCCCAUCCCCUACUACCGGCCCAGCCCAUCCUCCUCCAGCAGCGCCAGCAGCUAUUCCUCCUGGUACAGCAGCCUCAGCCGCUCCCCGAGCCGGAGCCGGAGCUACUCCAGCCACCGGACGAGCCGCAGCCGCAGCUGGAGCAGCAGCAGUGCAGAGGGCAGGAGCCGCAGCAGGAGCUCGGGCCCCAGGAGCAGCCGCAGCCGCAGCAGGAGCUAUGACUCAGGAGGCAGCUCUGACAGCCUGCGUCGCUAGGGAGUGCCGCCGGCAUCACCGAAUUCCUAGCGUUCUCCACAUCCUUCCCACCUACUUGGCCAUCGAUCGCAGUCAUCCCCGAUACUGAUGUGACAGCAGCACCGGGUCCCCUUUCCUUAUUUUGGAUGGAGUAAGAGCCCUCGUGCUCCUGGAACAGCCCCUUCGCUGCCUUGCAGGGAGGGUGGAUCCGUCCCAGCUCCCCCAGCCAGAGCUGGGGCUGGAAGAGGGGCCAGUGCCCUCUGCAGACCCUACAGGGUCCAUCCUCCUGACAUCCCCAUCUCCCCAUCGCUGCCACUUUCUGACAGCUGCCAGCUGCUCCAAAGGAAGAAGUUUGUCUCUUUGCUUUUCUCUUGCCAAAGCAGGAGCCAGUGAAUUAAUUCCCCCCGGAGGAAGAGACACAUUUAGGGAGGAAUUUGCUGGGAAGCCUUGGUGAUGAGUGGACAUGACCUGUCCUCCUCAAGGCAAAUAUCAGGUCCUUGAUAUUGGAUCUCUCCUCCAGAGUUUCUGCCCACUCUGCAGCAGCUCUCUGCCAUGAGCCUAUUUAUUUAUUGCCGUACGCCCGACUCUGCUAUAAAUAGAAGGCUAGAAAUCCCUCCUGACAUUAAUUUCUGGGGGGGAAAAAAAGGCUAUUCCCUCUCUUUCUCCUGCCCUUUCCUAACAGGGUGUUACACAUCCACCUUUCACAGGGCUGCAUUAUUCCCCUCCAGCAGUGUGAACGCUGAGGCCUACAGCAGACGUGGGACUGGCGUGGUUCGCAUCUCGUAGGCCCCCCCCCAGUUGCCUGUUUUUUUCCCAGGAGCCGGGAGGGCCCUGCCUGCCUGGGCGGCCCUGUGGUUUUGUCUCCCUGCCAGGCUUGCCAGCCCAGCUGCCUGCGCAAUUACUGUGUUUUGCAGAGCAACAAAGGCUUCUCCUAGCACGGGCUGAGCCGGUGCUGAGGAUUUUCUUUCUCUUACAACACCUGGGUGCUUAGAGACGCUAAUUUAGGCCUAAGACUUCCCUCCCUCCCUUUUUCCAUCCCCUCCCCUUCCAUCCUGCGUGAUCAUUAAGGAGUUUGGGCUUAAUGAGUCAAGGAGGUGCGUCAUUGAAGUGUCACAGGAAAGGGCCGAGGGGAGCCAGCAUCUGCCAGAGGGAGAGAGGGGUGGGAGGAAAGGGAAACCCACAGCCAGAGAGUUACCCAUGGCCCCCGCUCCCACUGGCAGCAGGUAAAGCGGUGAGCAGGGGAAGGUCAAACACAACCUGGAUGAUUGCCUUAUCGAGUAUAUAAACGUGUUAUCAGUUGGAAAACACAGCAGGACAGGUUAUACUUCUACACGGCUGGUGCAAGGGGAAAUUUGAUACCAGGGGCCCUUUUUUUCACCGUCUCCUUCUCACUGCAAACCCCUCUGGCUGUGGCUGAGAAUUACAGACCAGGUGUUCCUGCAGCGGAUGCUGCUGCCUUCCCCCUGCCCCAGCCCUGCAGCAGCCCCUGGCUCCUCUGGAGGGGAGCACCCUUCUUGUAAAGGGCUGAGAACCCCAUGCUUCUUCCCUAGAGAGUCCCUCCCAGUUCGGCAUUCAGUCGCUCUGUAGUGCUCCAUGAAAGACCUGAUCUCAGCAACCAGAGGCCAAAUCCCGAAUCUCUCAGUCUCUCAGUGCCCCUAAAUGCAGGCGUGCACCUGCAGCAAGGCAGCAGCAAGCCAGAUGGGCAGCAGCUGGGGAAGCAGAGAAGGGCUUUGUGCAGGCAGUGUAAUCAGCCAAACUACAUCGAGCUGAGCAACUCGUGGGACGGAGGACAAACAGCAGCGCACGCCGGCUAUGGGACGAGAGGUGACACGUGGCUCUGGCACCCGUCCUCCUGCACAGUUUGUGGCAGCUGAAUGCCCCGGGGGUCUCUCGAGCAUUGGAGCAAAGCCUCUUUAUUUAUUUACCUAAUUAUUUAUUUACCGACGCGCUUAUUUAUUACUAUUAGUCGCGUUCUGUUUUUCAAUCGCUAGGCCGGAAUGGACGCGAGCGGUCGCUGUCAGCAGUAUUUAUUUAUUUAUUUAUUUAUUUAUUUAUGUAUUUAUUUCGGAGGGUGAGGGAUGCAGGAACGGGGAGGCUCUCUGCCUGCUUGUUUGGGUGUACCCAUGUCCCCUCCCCGCCCCCCUUCCCCCCCCUAGAGUUGCAUGGAGGUUCCCAGCGCUGGCCCAGCCCGGCUGCUCGGUGCAGCGUCCCGGUGGGAGGAAGGACUUCCCCGCGUUGUUUUGCAUCGUGAUCCACCCAUGGAAAAUCUGAGGUUGGGCCGUGAGAGCACGGGAGGUGCCUGCAAAUCCAGCCCGGUGACAGGACCCGACCGCGUCCCUUUGUGUGUGUGUGCGCGCAUAUGUUUCCUCGGUGGUAUUUAUCUCUUUAUUUUUUAACUUAUUUAAGGUUUUCCCUACAAUGCGGACCGUCGCCCUUCCCGUCAGUGGGUUUUCUGUCACUUUGCAAGAAGCCUGUGAGCUUUUCUGUCUCUGUGCCUUUUGCCAGUGCUUCUUUUGUCGCGUGUUCACUCACUCGUUGCUUUUAUGGGAUUUUUGCUCCAUGUCCAGCAUCUCAGGUUGCUGUUGUUCCCACCCUGGGGCAUCUCGCCCCUUUGGGUGCACACAAAUUGCUGCUCAUUGGCACUGGGGCUGCUUGUCAGGGCCUCACCAUGGCUUUGGGGGAAUGUCUCGGCCGCCUCUCAGAAGCAUCCAUCUCAGAGGGUUUUCUUUCCUCAUCCAAGGGCUCCUUCCUGCCUGCGAUGUUUCCAUCCCAAGUGCCCUGGUUGCCUUUCCGCAGCAGAGCACACAACGCAGUGUCCCCCUGGGAUGCUCCCAGCUCCCUGGACCCCCAGGGUUCCUCUUCCAUCCCACACACCAGGUCAGGCUCCAGCAAACCCAGCCCAGACCCUGAAGUUUUGCUGAAAAGAGCAGAGGAAGGAUAUUUCAAUGCACUGCUGUGUCAUUCCAUUGUGUCAUGGGUUGCGGCGCUCAGCUGUGCUCUGCUUUACGUUGACCGUAACUUUUCUCAAUGUUUUUGCUGUUUUGGUUUUUUUUGUACCAAACCUAUCUGCAGCGGCCAAUCGAUGUUAUUUUGCUAUGCAUUGUACAUAGAUCGAAAAGGCUGAGAGGACUUAGCCUCUUAUUUAAUAUUUAUUUCUCCUAUUUAUUGAGCAUUACUUAGGAAAGUUGUUUGGGUCUCGCUGUGGGGUCCACGGGGUGACUGAGAAAGGGACAGGUUUAGAUGCCAGAACGCAGUCUUUAAUGUCCAAUGGGUGUUGUGCUACCCGAGUGCUAGAGGGUGAACAAAUCCUGUGACUUUUGCUGCUACCUGGAAGUCUGUGCGUGACCAGGAGAGUCUCUGAAGCACUGGAACAUCCGCUGCUGUAGCAACAGCUCCUUGGUAAAGCAGCCCAAACUUUGGACUGUUGUAGAGAACAGCACCUUGAGCCCCAUCCAGGGAAUGGAGAGAUUUAGAACAAAAGCCCAGACAGGAGAAAAGCUGCCAGGGAAAACUGUGUCCCUGUUUUCUCGCCUGUUGGUCGAUUCCUUACCAAAUCACACCGGCACGUCUGUUCAUUCGACUUCAUUGUAAAACUACCUUUGCUCUCCAUGGAAAUGCAUACUGUAUUCUUUAGUCUUCCUGGGGUAUUUGAGUUGUUAGCCUGUUUAGAAAAGGGUUCCAAUAAAAGUUCAGAUGAUAUCUGGUUCACAUCACAGCCUGGUUUCUCGUGUUCCUUUUGGAUGCAGCUUGGUGUGGUGGGAUAUUUUGGGUUGUUUCAGCUGCUCCACACAGCAGGGCAUGUGCUUGCACUCUCAGCUGCCGGGGACGGGGUCGUUGGGGCACUGGCUGAAGCUGAACUGCUGUGAGCUCAGAUUCCUGCCAGCUGGGUCAGGCUUUUGCUGCCCUUUGCCGUGCGAUUUGGGUCAUCCUCAGCUCACAGACAGCCCAAGCCAGAAGUGUAGAGUUUGAAGGCAGUGGGGAUGCUCUGCUUCCCCAUUAAUGCCCCUGGAAUGGAGACACUCCCGGGGACCAUCCACCAAGUCCUGAUGGCAGCUGAGAUGUGCACCUGGGAAGGGUCUGAUGACAGCACAGACACAGACACAGGGCAGCGUCCCCAGGUCGCUUGGCUGACAGGAGGGCUCUGCGCUCCCCAGAGCUGACGUGGUGGUGCUGGCAGCUGUGGGAGGUGACUGGGAGAUUUGGAGUGACAACAGGAGCUAAAUUGGGAUCCCUGGAGAGGGACGUGUGACUAAUGGGGAUAAGCAAGGCGGCAAGACGGAUUCCUGGCCUGGGAGGGAGGAUGGCCUGGAGCUACUCGGGAAACAUGGGACUGGAGAUUUCAGGACGAAACGUGUCAGGGAUGGAAGUGGCUAUGGGGCUGUCCCAAACCGUGUGCUGGUGUCACCUCUGGAAUACCUGGUAUCACUCUGGGUGAUGGGAGCACUCAGCCAGGCAGGGCAAGGGAUAGAGGGGGACACUUCAGCCUCUGCUGAUGGCUGCUUCUCUGCUCCUCCCCACAACUCCAGGCGCACCCCAGUCCCCAGGGAGACCCCACAAUGCCUGGCUGUGUACCCCCACACACACCAGUGAAGGAGGCAAGGGACGAGCACGGGAGCAGCCACUCCCCGUGCUGGCAAAGGCAGCUCCUUGCCCAGCAAUGCCGCGUCGCUGCUCUGUGAUUAAUGCCCUCCGAGCGACCGGCGGCCGAAUCGCAGCGUGGCCCGCAGCCCAUUACGGCCUUCCUGCUGCAAUUUGUUCCAGCAAGUCCAUUAGAAAGAUUGCAGAUGCUGGAGAGAAGGAGAGCGAGGUAGAGACCGGAGGGAGUGAGGAAGCAGUGCAGCAUCUGGUGCAUCAUUGGUGACACUCGUCGUCGUGCCGGGACCCCCUCUGCAGGAUCCCUGCUGCCACCAGAGCCAGGCAGGUGCCGAAAACCCCGCGCCUGCUGGGAUCCUCAGGCCGGCGUGAGAGGUCAGCUGCACAGCCCGGAUUCUCCACGGCUGUUUCAUCCUCUCCAAAAUACUCGGCUGACAGGGCAGGAAUUGCAAAACACAGCCUCC